GUCAACAAACUUCCUGCAGAAACGGAGUGAAAAAAAGCAGAGAAGUGGAAAGUGCGCUUCUGUGUUUAACAAUGGCUAAACGUCCUAAUGUAGACCAAGAGCUUUCUGCGAUCCUAAAUGAGUUGUGGAAGUUGGAUGUAAACCGCUUGAAGCCAGGAAAAGACUAUACCAUCAAUCUACAGGGAAAAGCAGAUUAUGUGGCCCAGGGCAGUAACAGUGCUAGAGACAAAGCCAACAAUCCUCUGUUCACAUACGUUAACGAGGAUAAACUUAAAAGCUUGCCCACAUAUGCCAGCUUUAUAAAGCUCUUGGACAACUAUGAGAUGUCCACAGGUGUGGCGGAGAAAGUGACCAAUGAUGAGUUGGAGGAGAAUAAUGUCUUCCUCAAUGCCAUCUUACAGACCCAGGUCAUGAAGCGUGCACAUGGAUAUUUAGUGAGUAAAGGACAAUCCCCAUCUGAUGUAACUCAGUUUAAAAAGCAGCUCUUUGACCUCUGGUUCAAACUUUACCACAGAGACAAAAGUGGAGGUGAAGACUCCUGUGGAUUUGAACAUGUGUUUGUUGGCGAGACCAAGUACGGGAAAGAGAUCAUGGGCCUUCAUAACUGGGUUCAGUUUUACCUGCAGGAGAAGCUGAACUUUGUAGACUACAAGGGCUACAAAGCCAAAGAUAAGGACAUGCCGGAUGCGAACGAUCACGUCAUUAACCUGCAGUUCAGCUGGAAAGGCCUGGUGAAGCCAAUGGGCAGUUCAUUCAUUGGCGUCAGCCCCGAGUUCGAGAUUGCGCUCUUCACCAUUAUAUUCCUAAAGAGCAACGAGCGUGUGACCAACGCCAUCGUCAAAGUGGACGAGUACCUGCUGGAGGUUGUGGUUUGUCGACAUGGACGUGCUAUUGGAACAUCCUACCCCAAACUGCUCAGCAGCAACAACAGGGAUGUGUAGUGUGUUGUUUCUUUCAUAUGUACUCGGAUCGAACACCACUAUUCAAAACCUGCCUUUACAUUUUAUUUGAAAUUUUUUCCAUGAUUAAUUGUUACAGAACGGUGCUACAGUGCUGUUUUUCUGUUUACAUUUUUUUUUUUAUAUUUUCACAUUUUAUUGCAUCUGAAGAACCAACGCUGUUAUUCGUAUAUACGAAUCGUAGAAAUUUAGUCUAUAAUAUUAUACUGCUUUGAAUGUUAAUUUCAAAGCAAAUUUCAGGUUAAAAUUUGAACACUUAUAGGGAAAAAAAUGUUUUUUAAAUAAACAAGCACAAACAUGACAAACCUUUUAUGUUUAAAUUAGUUUUCUGUUUGUUGUAGCUAAUUUUUUUUUCUUUUUUAAAUAUGGCAACAUUUUACAUGUUAGUCCUGGAUAUUUGUUAAUGGACUAUUUAAAUUUAUUGAGUACUAUUAAGUACAGUACUAUUAUUAUCUUUAUGUCCAGAAUUAUUACUUGUUGUUGGAUAUAUGCAGGUCAUGUAGUAGAAAUGCUUUCUGAAUGCCCAUCUAUAUUUUGAUGUAUAUAAUAAACUGAAUUUGUAAUUUAAA